AUGUUAGCUCUCCGUGAAGUACAUGCACCGGGCGCCACGCGCGUCAGCAUCGGUGGCCAUCACAUACUCACCGGCGGUGCCGACGGCGUCGUGUCGCUCUUCUCCGCGAAGCAGUGGCCCAAGUCCGCUGCUCUCUGGUCCUUCAACUGCCACGAGGCGGCGGUGACCGAUGUGGUGCUGGCCGACUCCCUCGCACUGGCCCUCAGCUGCGGGCGGGACGGACGCAUUCUGCUGCAUGAAAGUAUCUUCGACACGGCGAAGCUGGUCUCCCGUGUCAUCUGCCAAGUCACCGGGGAGGUGCGCUGCCUCCAGCUGGACGUUGAGCGGCGCCGGGUGUACAUCGCCGGCGACUCGCUGCGGUGCCUGGACAUGGCACAGGAUCGCUUUCGCAUUCAGACCAUCCCGUUGGUGGUGCCGUUCCCGAUUGUCUCGCUGGCGAUCUCGCCCUGUGGUCGUCUUAUUGCGAUGGGCAGCGCCUCUGGAGAACUGGGGGUCGUGUCUGCCCCACCGAGCUCUUCGACAGCAACGAGCACGGAUGCUGCUGCUACCGCUGCUGCUGCUUCGGCCAAGGUCCAGUUCAUCUUCCGCUCCGUUCUCUCCCCUACAGCCAAAAAGGACGAUGCGGCGCAUUACCGCAUGGCGUGGUGCACCACCGAAGCCGGCGGGCUCAUGCUUAUGGUGCCGACCGCGACGGAGGUGCAGGUGUACCAGCUAGACGAUGCCGCAUCUCCACCGCGGAUGCGCGCCGUUGGUGGGCUGCAUGAUCGACAGCUCGUUGACCUGCACGGCGCGCUGGUCUACCGUGUGACGAAGAACCGACUGGCCUGCGUGAUGGCAUCCUCGGACGGGAUUUUCAUUGGGAAGGUAGAGGCGAAAAACCUCGCCAUGGCGCGGCACACGUCGGAGCAGUACCGCAGAGCCGCCAAUGGGGAGGCGGCGGCGGUGACGGAUGUGCAGGUGAACGCGGUGACCGGCGAUGUCGUGGUGGGGCUGUCGGACGGGUGCAUCUCUCUGCUGCGGAAGGCGGCGCUGCGGGAGUGGCGACCAACGGCAGCAGGGGCGGUAAAGGCAAAGGCAGCAGCGAUGGACGCCGCCGCGACGCAGGAGGACGGAGGAGAGUUGGACGGUGAGACGCCGGACAAAAACUCGCACGCGACGGCCAAAGCGAAGAAAGGCGGAGGGACGGAGAACGACGACGACGACGACGAUUUUAUCAACGACGAUGACGACGACACCGCCUCGGAGUCCUCGGUGGACUCCGCCUCCACCGCCGCCUCUUCCGAGAGCGCCGUGGCGCCGGAGGACUUCGGCAAGGUCGUCGUCGAUCUGCAGCGCAGCGGCGCCUCCGUGCACGACAACGAUGAGGGGCGCCCCUCUCGCUGGCGUGACGACGAUGCGGCGGCUGCGCUGGCGCACGCAGAGCGCGAGGCGGAGCGGCACCGCACCCGCAGCCGCUUCCUCGACGACGAGGCGGAGGAGGGCUCUGCGGAGGACGACGAGGACGAAGAUGCCGCGGACGACGACGACAACGUGAGGGCGUCGCGGUACCACCGCGCCGCCGAUCAGGAUGAAGAGGACGCCUCCGAGGGGGACCGCUACGACAACGCCUCGCUUGAGGGGCUCGCGGAGGAUCGUGACGGCUGCGCAGACGGCGGCCGCAACACGUCGUCCUCGUCGGCCGCCAACGCGCCGCUGCCGUCCGGCCGUGUGCCGGCGGUGCAGGACUACUCCUUCCAGGUCGGCGCCACCCCUGCCGGGGAGGAGGGCAGCUGCUACCUCGCCUACAACUCGGUCGGGUACAUCCACCACAGCCGCGAGGCGACAACGGUGCACUUCCAUGACAUCUCCUUCCCCGCCGUGCGGGUGCAGCUGCGCGACACGAUCUUGAUGGGCUCGCUCAGUCCUGUCGGGGCGGGCUUUGUCGUGGUGCCGGCCGAGCCGUCGGAUGCGCAGGGCAGCGUCGACGAGGCACCGCGGCUCUCCGUCUUCUACCACGCCUUCACUCCGCUCGGCGCGCAGUCGGAGUGGCGGGUGUCGCUUCUGCCGGGCGAGACGGUCCGCUGCCUCGCCGCCGGCAUCCGCUACCUCGCCGUCGCCACCAGCCACUACCUCCGCAUCUUCUCCCUGUCGGGGCUGGAGCUGGCGGUGCUCAGCAAGAGUCAGCGCAUUGUCACGAUGGUGGGCACCUCCUCCCGCGCAUUGAUGAGCAGCUUCAAGGCCGACUUCGACCCUCUCGCUAUCAUUUCACUCUCCGGAACUGGGGAGCUGCUGAUGGAGGUGGUGGACGUCGGUGCGCGCGCCGCGGCCCUGCCGGCGCGCGCGAUUCCCCUGACGGAGCUGCCGGACGGGUCGACGCAUCAGCUGCAGUGGCUCGGCUGGUCCGAGGAUGGCCUGCUGCACACGGCGGACACGGCGGGUGUGGUGCGCAUGUAUACAGAGGACUGGGGCGGCUCCUGGGUGCCCGUGUACGACCCGCGGACGCUGGUGGACCAGUCCUAUGCGUUAUGGGUUUACGGCGUCAGCGACCACGCCCUGCUGGCUUACCGCUACUCCCGCGAUGACCCUUCCUACCCAGCGGCGGCGGCCAGCGGCCUCAGCACGGAGCUCGUGCCGCUCUUCCUGCCUCUGACGCGCACGAUGGGCGAGGAGGGCCGGGAGCGGUGGGACAAGGUACUGCGUCAGCAAAUCCGCGGUGACGAGUUGAAGCGGCACGCCGCCUUCUACGGCCCCACCAUCGCCAAGUACGACGAAGUACACGACCAUCAUCUACUGCAGUUCUUUGAGAGUGCGCUGAAGGGGCAGCAGACGACGCGGGCCCUGGAGUUGGCGAUGCUGAUGGAAAUCCACGACCGGGUCGUCAAGUGUGCGCAGCUGGCGAACAGCAACGGUUACGCGAAGUUGGUGCCGAAGCUGCUGGCGCUGUACGAGAUGCGCAUGGCCACCAAGAGCAAGCGGCGGUGCACGCUGCCGCUGAGAGAGGCGAUGUUGUCGGAUAGGAAGAAGGACGAGCUGCUGCGCAAGUUACUCGGACAGAUGCUUCCGCAGGAUAGGAAAGGCAAGACCGCCGAGUCACCGGCGGCAGAGGCCAGCAGCGGGGGUUCACUGGCGACGGCGGUGCCGGUGGAGGACGAUGAAGAAGCGGAGCAGAAAAAGAGGCGUGAGGUUAGUCCGACACGAGCGCCACCUUCUUCUCCGUCUGCGGCAGCCACCGCCGGACGAGCGGACACAUCUCCGUCUACGACUUCCACGGCCACCACCGUCGACGUGGCGGCGCCGCCGAAGUCCGCUGUCCCGUCGACCUCCACGGCCGCCCGUCGUCACAUCUCGUUUGCCCGCGAAGUCGUCCCCCGCACUGCGGCAACCGCCGCAUCGCCGCUGAUGCUGUCGCAGACAUCAACCAACACUGACGUAAGCUCUCUCGCGCCUCAGACGGUUACCGGACCGCGUAAGGUGUCGAACCCUUUUGCCAAGCCCUCCGCCGCGGCUGCCGUGAGUGGGGAGGCGAGAACAUCUUCCGUGACAGCCACAGCUACGGCGUCCGCACGGGCCCACCAGACACGGCUGGGCAACGCCUGCACCACCGCCACUGCGUCUGCCGCGUCCUCUCUCUCCCUCUCUCCGAAGCAGACUACGCUGCUCGGUGCAUCGCAGUUCAGCACACCACCGCGCACGAAGGUGACCACCGCGGCGCCGUCGGUCUCCGUCCCUGGCGUGGCGGCCGUUGCACAAGAGCAGCAGCAGCAAGAGAAGGACGACGCGGCGACGAGUCUUUCAUCCCUCGGCAACACGCCAGAAGACAGGCGCGUGAGUGCGGGGCACGCCGCUGAGUCCCCGGCGGUGCCACACCGCGAUAACGCGUCCACCGUAUCCCACCACACCGCGAAGCCCACCACUGGCUUUGUGGCUCGUGAGCUGCCGACACACACGGCCACAGCUGCCAAUGUUAGCAGCGGUCCUGUCGAUCCAUUCCUCGCCGUAGAGGAGACUUUGAAGACGACGGCGGCCGCGAUGCCUGGGCCUGGCUUCCUCGCAGGCAGCGCCGGCGUCAGCCGCAACACGAGCACCUCGUACCCCACAGCCACUCCUCAGGAGGUGCCGUCGGUGUCCGUGCAGUCGCUGUUGGACGUGGGGCACGAGGAGACGGCGCCGGUGGUGCGCAGCGACAGCUUCGGCGAGGCACUCCGGAAACGGUACCGCGACGACGACGAGGCGGAGGACGAGCUGGGCGGGACCCCGCUGGCCGCUGUGCCGAAGCUGACGUUGUGA